GAAUAACAGUUUCGUGUGGAUCUCUGUGCGAAACACUUUAUAAGGAUACACCACAGAGUUACAGGAUUGAAGACAUUUGGAAAAUCUUAUUAAGUGGGCUUUGGAGCAGGUUUCACCAUGAAGAUGGUUCACGUUGCUCUGUUGUAUUGCUGUUUUGUCUAUUCAGCCUAUGCCAAUGCGGACGCCAAAUUGGAUGUAGCUUCGGCAUUUAAAAAAAGGUUGAACGCCUGGGCGUUAAGCCGAGCGAAGAGGGAUCUGAAAGCUUCCAAACUGAAGAGUCAGGGGCUGAUAGGAAACAGCCAACAAGAGUUCGUGAGGACAGAAGAUGUUAAGGAAAACUUCAACAUCCACUCCAGCUCAGAGGCGCACAUCCGCGUCAAGCGCUACCGGCACGGCUUGCCGCGUUUCCCCCAGCCCCACCUGAACCGGCCGAGCUGCCAACUCGGGACGUGCCAGGUCCAGAAGCUGAGUCACCGGCUAAACCAGCUCCUCAAUAACCCAGAGAAAGACAACAUGGCUCGGUGGAGCACGUGGAGUCCCAACAGCUACGGCAGGAAACGGCGAUCGGUGCGCUCUAAGAUAGCGCUCAUGGUGCCUCGGGAACACGGGAGUAUUCACAGGACGUGACAAGCACAACACAAACUCUUCAGGACUGUCACUCCAGGCCCACCGCCCUGGGCGAGAAUAUUCAUGACUGCUGAUGGACAUACCAACACCUGGCAAACUUUCCAAGGCACAGCAGAGAUCAGAACUGGUAAAAAAAAAUUGCCAGCAAUUGUUUUUGGGGAAGUUUGAGAGCGAAUUGAAUGAAGGAAAGGGCGCCAUCUCUCAGCGAAUGCCUUAGAAUUCAGGGCUCACCGAGCCAAAUUCCAGCUCAUUAUCUCCGGACUAGAUUUGACCGAUGUUGUUUUUCUGUGUUUGGAUUACAGGGAGUCUAAAAUCCUGCUAGUAUAAAAGGAUUGCAUCAUACUUGAAGGCAAUUUCUAUUACAGAAAGUGCAAUCGACGUUUUAAUGUAUGAAAGACAUUGUAUAUAAAAUGGUUUAAACUAUUUAACUUUUUUUCCUGUAACUGUACAUCUGGACAUAGAAUUAUUUUUAUACGUGAUAUAAGUAUAUAAAGGGCAUUGUAGUAUCAGCAAAUUUAGAAUCAUGUGUCCAUUAUUAUGGAGGUAAAUAUGUUCACUAGUUACCUGACUCCUUUUUGUACAUUCCAGACUUGCAAUGACUGUAUAUGUUGUACAAUCUAUUUUGUCAU